UUUCACCACAAUACAAACCCGCACGAUCUCGGACUUCCAACCCUUCCCACGCCUCACCCUGUCAGGUUGCGGCCUCAUAUUCUCAAGAAUGGGAGGUCCAUCAUACACUGUAGAGCAACUACAGCACCUACGGAGCUCUCCACUCGUCCAAAAACCCGAUGGACUCCCCUCUAUUGAACAGUGGAUGGAGCCACCGGCCGAUCAAAACAAUAAUACAACCACCAAUCGCCGGCCGCGAUCAGGUGUGUUGCGAGAAGGGGAUGCACCUUUGAGCAGCGAGAAUCGCUCCGAUCGACCCCUUUUUACCAAUGCUGGAAUGGGCAAUUUUGGUAGACGGGCGAGCACCCAACCUGAAGACACCGUUCUUGGUCCACCCAAGCUUUCGUUCACUUCUGCAUCUCGCAACGCAAAGGCUUCCGAAAACACGGAGAAGCGCGCAGCCACCGCGCUAGACGGGGACCAGCUUGGAGAUCGCUUCUCCGCUCGCGAGCGGUGGACCCGAGGAGAACGCGACGGUGAGCGCACACGCGACAAGGCUGGCUUCACAAAUGGACGGCGCAAUGCGCGCGAAGACGGCGAAGGCUGGACAAAUGUGAAGUCUCGUAAGAGCUUGGGCCAGGACGACUUUGAUCGAGGCUUUGGUCGAAAUGGAGAUCGAGACCGGGAGAAGGGCCAGAAGGAGGGCGACACGGACAACAAUGAUUCUACAGUGCGACGCCCAGGGGCAGGCCGCGAGAAGCUCGAGUCUCGUUGGGGCCGUCGUGAGGACUCUGGCGCGAAAGAAGGAGACGGCAAUAGGUUUGGAACAUCAGGCCAGGGCGGCUGGCGGGACCGGGAGCGCGAUAGAGACCGUGAUAGAGAUCGCGACUGGAAUAGAGGAGGGUCCAAGUUGGAAGAAGAUCCGGAAUGGAUGGACACAAAAGUGGGCUCCGAGAAGAAGCAGGCCAAGACCCAAGAGGACUUUCAGCGCUGGAAAGAACAGAUGAGAGCGAAGGAUGCACCAGCAGAGGAGAAGGAGGAGAUCAAGGACCCAUUGCCUCCAAAUUUCGAACAGUCAUCCUUUGAACCUUCAAUUCGGACAACUUUCGCGGCGGCGCCACCCAAGCAGGUUACGCCGUUAGGCUUGGAUCCAAGCCAAGACAGGUUCUUUGGUAAUUGGGGCAAAGAGAAGACGCCAGAAGCGAGUGUGCCUGAGCCUGCCGCGACAAUUAAAAAAUCAAAGGCGAAAUCCAGAUUCACCGACAUGUUUACGAAGCCGGAGGAGUCAGCGAAACCUCCGCCGCUACCAACACCAGCUUCUCCCACACAAGGCGGCGCCAACGGCAACAAUGAGGAAGACAAGGAAGGAUUCCAACGUAUUCUCCAAAUGCUCGGUGGGGCUAGCAUUGGUGUGCCGCAGAGUUCGCAACCACCCACCACUGCGCCUCUUAAUGGUGCGCGGCAGGGUGGUAUCUCAAUUGAUCUCCCCUACCAGUCUCAGACAGAGGAACCACCGGAAAUGAGACAUCCACCCCGCCAACAGGUUCCGCGGACGGUCGAACAACAGGCUAUGUUAGAGAACAUCCUAGCCCCAAGGCCAUCUGCUCCCGAGACCAGGUUAUCCCAAGGAAGGUUUAAUGCUAUGUCACCUGAGAGUGCACUCAUCGAGCAAUUUGGACUUCCCCGGCCUGAGUCGAAUCACCCCGCUGACGAAUUCCCCAUGCAACAACCCCCCCCAAGGAACAGUAGCGCCCAAGAUGCUCAUCUGCAUGCUCUGCUAAACAGUCGCGCACGAGAGGAGACAAGCCGUGAUCAGGCCAAACAACAAUUCCUUCUCAAUCUCAUGCAUUCCCGUACGCCGCCGCAACUAAUGAACCAGAACCUUCCUCGACCCACCCCAGAGAACCAGAACUUACCAUCAUUCUUUGAUCAACCUACACAGCGACCUCAAGGCCAGCCAAAGGGACGUGGUGCCCCUCCAGGAUUCAUGGACGACCCUCGCCUCUUCGCAGAUAAUGAGAUGUUGAUGAGGCGUGAAGUUGAGAGGCGUGAGGCUGAGCGCCGUGAAGCGGCAAACUUCCGCGAGAUUCAAGAGGCUCGGAAUCGUGAGCAGAUCAUGCGAGAAGCAGGUCUGCAGCAGCAACAAGAAGCCAUGCGCAAGAAUAACCCUCGGCUUCCCAGCAUGCCUUAUGAUGAUCCAUCAUUAGCAGGUCUUCAGCGCCGCAACACCGCGGGAGAAAUUCCACGUCAGAUGACAAACAUGGGCAUCCCAUCUCAACCCAUCCCCGACAUGCCAUACAUGCGAGGAAACCCGGGAAUGGCACCGACUCCCCAAGACCGCAAUAUCGCCCCUCCACCCGGCUUUGGCGCUCCAGUAGGCAUGCGCCAACCGCCUGGUUUUGUUGGUCCCCAGGGUGGUCCACCACCGCAAAUGGGUCCAUCAUUCUCAGCUGGAAACACACCGCUUGGGCAUCCGCCCGGUAUUCCCCCACCUCGCGGCAUGGGCGGGAUGUUUCCGGGCCAGCCACAGAAUCAGAUGCCACCACCACAGAGCUACUUUCCGCCGCUGCCAGGAUAUGGACCGCCGAUGGGAAUGAGGGGGGCUGAGGAUCCGAGGAUGAUGAUGGGUGGACGGCCUGAGUUUGAGGGCUUUGGUGCUGCGGGUCCUGGACCGGGACAGCAGGGUGGUCCGAGGCAGGCUGGGAGACCUCCACCCGGGAUGUAUUGACACCCCUUGAGCAGUAGAGAGCGUGGAAGGGUUAGUCAAUGGACGGCUACUACGGUUGCGUUGCUGUCUUCUGGGUGCCAUACUUUCAUAA